AUGGUGGGAACCGCGGGGCGACCCAAUGACAGCGAGUUUACUGUCGGCUGGGUUUGCGCUCUAUUCAAAGAAUACAUUGCUGCUGUGGAAGUGCUGGAUGAAGCCUACGAUAGGACCCGCGAUACGUCUUUAACAAGCGAUGGGAACAGUUAUUAUACUCGUGGUCGCAUCGGAGGACAUAAUGUGGUGGUUGGGUGUCUUCCCGCUGGCCGGUAUGGGCUAGUGUCCACUUCUGGAGUGGCAGAAGACAUGAGGAGCAGAUUUCCCGGUAUUAAGCUAGGCGUCAUUGUCGGAAUCGGCGGUGGCGUGCCGAGCGCAAAGAACGAUGUGCGCCUCGGAGAUGUGGUGAUUGGGACAAAGGUGGUUCAAUAUGGGCUCGGGAAGAAAACAUCGACCGGAUUUCUGGUCACCGGCCACACAUUCACGCCGCCACCUAUCCUUCUUCACGCAGUGACCGGACUCAAAACUCGCCUAUUUGAUGGGCUUGAUCUUGGAUCACGCAUGGAUGAAGCCUUCACCAAAUCCCCGCCCAUCAAGGCGACAUUCGGUCGGCCCGACUGGCACACAGACCGUUUAUAUACUCCCGAAUACGUUCAUACAGACGAGUGCGACUGCACCAACAGCUGCGCUCAACGCCCAAAUGAUGUGGUAAAACGGCCAAUUCGCGAGAAGGGUCAGAUUCGUGUCCACGACGGAGUGAUCGCAUCGGCCGAUCAGGUCAUGAAAGAUGCGACAACGCGGGACGAAAUCGCUCGCGAGUUGGAUGCCAUCUGCUUUGAGAUGGAAGCGGCUGGCCUCAGCGACAGCUUCAGAUGGAUUGCAAUCCGAGGUAUUUGUGACUACUCUGACUCACACAAGAAUGAUCAAUGGCAUGGCUAUGCCGCGGCGUCGGCGGCAGCUUGUGCCAAAGAGCUGCUACUCACCAUCCCGCCAGGUGAUACGGUAGGGACAGAAUGUGUGGGUCAGGCCGAUCAACGUCGACUGGUUGUCCCCGAUUUCAUCCGAAUGCUUCAAACAACCCCAUCUGGACUUGCGAUGGCCAUGCAAAGUGCCCUGGUUGGAGUCUGUGUCUUGCUGGCUAUUUUCGGUCAGCUGAUAUGGUCCACCUGCAUCUGGGUUUUAUCGACGGCAACAAGCAUUCAGGCACCAGAGUGGAAGGUGUCGGCGAAUGAGACCAAACCUGGGGACAGCUCUAAGCCACAAUUCAGAGGCUCGCCCAUCCACAUCAAUAUCCAUGUCGCUCAUCAACCAAUGUCUAGUGCACGACGGCAGAGCGAAAUUGACUGGACAGACUCUCAAGAUCAAUGCCCAACAGAGUUUUCGACGGUACAGUGGGACACGGCUGCGAAGGAAAAAGUGCUAGAUAGUACCGCUGUACUUCUUCAGGAGGUAAGAAGCCUGAUGAAUAAGGAAGCUGCCAGGAAUAUUUCGAUUGAUAUCCCACGUUAUGAUGGUGGAAGUCCAUCAUCACCCCUUGGUUCAAGCUGUGAUCCGCUUGAGAGAGAACCUUGGCAGAGACCGGAGAUACCACUGGAGAGGACGGAUUCUGUCUCCACGACGUCUAAGCCGCCAGUGCCUCCUCGUUCUAAGAAGCCGCGAGGUUACGUCUCGCGGCGUAACACUCAGAUACCCGUCCCCAAUUCGAUGGCGAGGAAGAACAAAUACUCAUCGGAGCAUAACAAGAAUAAAGAUACAGAAUCCUGUGAAACGUCACCGGAGAUCCUUGCCAUAAUCAAUGAGUUCCGUGGACGGGCAUCGGUUUGA